AUGGCUAAUGAAAAGCCUGAUAUUAGUUCCACUUUUGUACCAAUUGAUAGUCUAUACGCACCAGCCGUUCAUUUGGCUCUUGGUUAUAAAUUCAACAUCUCUUGUAUGUUAUAUUACGAUUACAAAGGAA